AGCGCGCUCGGCGUCUCCCGGAUCUGUCUCUUGCUUCAACAGUGUUUGGACGGAACAGACCCAGGGACGCCCCCCUUCUUCCAGCCUCCGACCACCUUCCAACCUCUCUUCCAGUUGUAGCCUUCGGACCAGCUCAGCCAUCCUCUACCUCCGGCGGGACUAACCAACAACGAUUUUUUGAGCUCAGCUCCUUACUGCCAUCAACCAUGAGCUCCCAGAUUCGUCAGAAUUAUUCUGCCGAAGUGGAGGCCGCGGUCAACCGCCUGGUCAACAUGUAUCUGCGGGCCUCGUACACCUACCUCUCUCUGGGCUCCUAUUUCGACCGCGACGUUGUGGCUCUGGAGGGCGUGUGCCACUUCUUCCGCGAGUUGGCGGAGGAGAAGCGCGAGGGCGCGGAGCCUCUCUUGAAGAUGCAAAACCAGCGCGGCGGCCGCGCCCUCUUCCAGGACUUGCAGAAGCCGUCCCAGGAUGAGUGGGGCAACACCCUGCAGGCUAUGGAAGCUGCCAUGGCCCUAGAGAAGAAUCUGAACAAGGCCCUCUUGGAUCUGCAUGCUCUGGGUUCUGCCCACUCAGACCCCCAUCUUUGUGACUUCCUGGAGAACCACUUCCUAGAGGAGGAAGUGAAACUCAUCAAGAAGAUGGGCGACCACCUGACCAACAUUCACAGGCUCGCUGGCCCCCAGGCUGGGCUGGGCGAGUAUCUCUUCGAAAGGCUCACCCUCAAGCAUGACUAGGAGCCUCCGCAGUCCAGCAGCCUUUGAGGGGCUCUUCUGGCAGCCCCUUGGUGUCAGAGCUUCUGCCUGAGCCUCUCCCUGCAGCCACUAGGUAGCUUUUUAACCACCCUGGAGCCCUCUCCCAAGCUGUGGACCAAAUAGAAACAAUAAAGCUUUUUGCAGCAAAAAAAUA